AAGGCACUGCCUUCAAAGCACCACCUCCUCCUUUCUCUUGCCCCCAUUUCCAGCAUCUUUGGGUUGAAAGAUGGCCGGGGAGGGUUUGGCAGAGGACCCUCGUGCAGAUUAUUCAACAAUUGUUUCCCAUUUUGCGCCCUCGCCUGCCUCAUCCUCCAGUAACAAUGACGAAGAGCGGCGCGGAGCCAGCGCCCGCGGCAGGGGUGUUGAGAUCAGGGACAGCACAAAAAUAUCUCCUCUCUGGAACAAAUAUUUACCAACCCUUCUGCCUUUUGUUCUUGUGGUUCUCAUAUUUUUUUUUUUUUAAUUUUUUUUUCCAGACAUUCACUGGCAAAAUGUCACAUUAAGCAGCAACCCAGAAACUUCGGGGUAGCUGCUUGGCUGUUCUGGGCUUUGUUUUUCUCGCGCGCUAAUUGUUAAUGAAUUUCCAGCCAUUUAAGCCAAGGCAAACCUGUGAGAAAAUGAUCUUUUCUGCCCUGACUUUGGAGCUUUAGGGCGCUUCACAAAGUCCAAGUGGUGGAUAAGGAAAAUGUGCAUCACCCCGCAGAAUGGGGUGGCAGCAGUGCCAGAGCCAGCCUGGAGUGCAGUGUGGCAGAGCCAGAGCGGGAGCUGGGGUUGUCUGAGCUGCCAGCAUCACUCCAGGGUGGCAGCAGGGAGGCCCCCAUUCCUGGAUGGGGAUAAGUUCAACAGGGGCGAGUGCCAUGGUACCCUCAUUCCUGGCCAGCUCCUCACCAAACUCCGUCUCCCUCAUCUGCCCCACUGCAGGUUUUUCUUGUUUCCCUUCAAAAUCAUAAUGCUCCUCACGUCCACUUUUAUGGCGGCCAAACAAGAACAUGUGGUUAUUUUAUGGGUGUUGUGUUUAAAGAACGGAGGGGUAAACCCCUCCUCUUCUGGAACAUAAACUUAGAUCUUUGGUUAAAAAUUAACUGUGGCCAUAAAACCCCUGAUGUGGGAGCAAGUGGAGCUCACCCUGGAAGCGCUGCUGGGCUGUCACCUCACACCAGUGCCCUGCUGACCACUGACCACCAUCCCCUCCUGUCCAUCCAGGAUGUCUGUGCCACCCUCCACCUAUUCCCGUCGCCUCCUGCCCCUCUUCCUGGGGCUUUUCCAGGCUGCCCUGCUCCUCUUCUUUGCCCUCUUCGUCACCUAUGAUGAGCCCUCAGCACAGGCGGAGGAUACCAGCUUGGUGGCCAACCAGGUCUACAGCACCUUCCCCUUCUUCCAGGACAUCCAGGUGAUGCUGGUGGUGGGGCUGGGACUCCUGCUGACCUUCCUGCCCCGCUACGGGUUCAGCUCCCUCACCCACAACUUCCUCCUGCUCAACUUCUCUCUGCAGUGGGCACUGGUGCUGCAGGGCCUGCUCCACCACUUCCACCAUGGCCAGAUCCACCUGGACCUCCACAAACUCCUCAUCUCUGAGUUUGCUGCUGUGACAGUGCUCAUCUCCGUGGGGGCCAUCCUGGGGAGGGCCAGCCCCUGCCAGCUGCUCGUCAUGGCCACCUGUGAGAUCCCCAUCUACCUGGCCAGUGAGUGGGUCAUUGUCACCUGGCUGGGCGUUCUGGAUGUGGGCGGCACCAUCACGAUCCACGUCUUCUCCUGCUAUUUUGGCCUCGGCGUGUCCAAGGCUCUGUUCAGGGUGACACCGCAGCCACGGCACCCCAAGGAGACCCCAACCCCCAGCUCUGACCUCAUGUCCCUGGUGGGGACGCUCAUCCUCUGGGUUUUCUGGCCCAGCUUCGUGGCUGUCCUCUGCCAACCAGGCGAUGCCCAGCACCGCGCCAUCCUGAACACCCUGCUGGCCAUGAGUGCCAGUGCCAUAACCACCGUGGUGACCUCCAGCCUGCUGGAGAGGGACGGCAAGCUCAGCCCCGGCCACCUGCAGAACGGCAGCCUGGCCGGUGGGGUGGCCAUUGGCGUGGUGGCUGACAUGGCUGUGCCACCAGUGGCCGCUCUUGCCCUGGGCAGCCUCUCGGCCGUGGUGUGCGUCCUCGGCUUCAGGUUCCUCACCCCGCUCCUGGGGAGGAAGCUCACACUCCAUGACCAGUGCGGCAUCCACAACCUGCACGGCUUGCCCGGCAUCCUCGGCGCCGCAGCCAGCGUCGUGGCCGUCCUGGUGGCAUCCCAGGACACCUCUGGGUCCCAGCCAUCUCAGCUGUCCCCCGUGCUGUGCCAGGCAGCGGGGCUGGCGGUGGCCGGCGGUGCCUCGCUGCUGGCCGGGCUGCUCACCGGAGCCGCCCUCCGGCUGCCCUGCCUUGCCCGGCCGCCCGAGCGGCUCUGCUUCGAUGACUCGCUGUAUUUUAAGAUCCAGGAUCCAGCUGAGAGCCCGGGGCCAGACAGCAGCGCUGAGGAAGGAGCCCUGGCUCUGAAGGAGCAGGUUUAGGCAGUGGCGUGCGUGCAGCAGCAGGGAGGGCCAGGGAAUGUUACUGGCAGGGUCAGCAGGCGGGAGAUGCUGCCUGCACUCGCUCCUGCCCCAUGCCUGGUUCAGGCUGUCGAGGAUGCCGGCAUAGCUGGGUCAGCACCACAGCACUGGUCACU